AAUUUUACUGCACAAGUAUUAACUUCAAUCACAAAAGCUAUAUAAUUUCAACAAAAAUUUCACUAAACUGCAAGAAUGGCAUCAACAUCAGAAUCUAAGCUAGGUGGCUCAUCGCCAGCGCCAUUUCGAAACAAAAAUUGGCGCGCAAAGAAUAACAAGGAGACAAUCCAUGUCGUAAUUCCUAAAAUCCUCAAGGCUAGCCCUCGAGCUCAGAGCGCUAUCACGCGCUCAAAAAUGAUCCUUUAUACACCUGGCUUUGAACCAUCCAAAAAAGUCCAGCCUUCGGAAUCGUCGCCGUCAAAUACAGAUACACCGGCACCACCAAGAAUCACCGUCAUCCAGUCCGACACUUUCGAUGCUGCCAUCGCCCUCACAUCAUCCAAACCCGGCGCCCGAGUAGGCGUCCUCAACAUGGCAUCAUCCUACCAACCAGGCGGCGGCGUCCUCAAAGGGAGUAUAGCACAGGAAGAGUCCCUCUGCUCGCGCAGCACCCUCUACCCCAGUCUAAGGGACUCCUUCUACCGCCUCCCCACCCUCAGUGCCAUUCACUCGCCUGAUAUUGUCGUGUUCCGCAACUCGGAACUCAACGGCACGGCCAUCCUCCCGAAGGCAGAGUGGACGUUUGUGGAUGUCAUCUCGUGUGCCGCGCUCAAGGGGCCGGAUGUCGAAGUCGAUGCCCAAGGGAGGAAGAUCUACGCUAGAGAGAAAGAUAGGGAGACUAUGACGCUGAAGGUGAGGCUGAUUUUGCAGAUUGCAAGGGAGAUGGGGAUUACGCGAUUGGUUUUGGGAGCGCUGGGGUGUGGUGCCUAUGGGAACCCGCCGGAGGAGGUGGCGAAGAUUUUUAAGAAGGUUAUUUGUGGCGAUAGUAGGAGGUAUGGGUAUGCGGAAGGAAUUGAGGAGAUUGUGUUUGCAAUUUUUGAUGAUGGGGAGAAUUUAAGGGUGUUUAAGGAGGUGUUUCCGUAGUAGUUAUAGAAAUGGAAUAUAAACAACCAAGGAAGGCGUCAAGCCUAGGAGGUACA